AUGGCCCUGGCGACGCUGGGCCCUGGCGGUGCUCUCCGCCGGCCUGGGCGUGCGGGGCCUUGGCUUCUGCCCGCCGUGGUCGCGGAGCGCGCCAGACGCGCGGCACCAGGGAACCAGACGCUCUGGAAGCCAUAUGCGCUCUCGCUCCUCAAAGACGCCAAAUUCUUCAGAGACCUAACCUCAGAGCAGCUGGAUGACACCGCGAAUCUGAUGAUGGUGGAGCUUUUUGAGCCAGACGUCACGGUCUUCAAGCAGGGCGAUCCCGGGGAUAAGUUCUUCAUCGUUGCGGAUGGUGAAGUUAAGGCCUAUGUGGAGCAACCCGGCGAAGGGGACCAGCCGCCAAAGGAGGAGAUGGUGAAGCACUAUCGCACUGGCGAGUAUUUUGGGGAGCUUGCAUUGUUGACCAAGGCCCCGCGGAGGGCGUCGAUCCGGAGUUGCGGAGAGGGGCAGACGCUGCUCCUCUGGAUCUCCCGCAGCGACUUCGAGCAGACCCUGGGCUCCCUCAGAGAGCUGCUUCUGCGGAAUGCCGCCUUCCGACCGGCUUCCAGAGCUCUGAAGCAGGAGGAGCAGCUCGCCCGGGCCUCCCCCUUGGAGCAGGUCUUUGGGCUGCCGGGCUCCACGAGGCGCCUGGUCCUCACCGUCUUGGUGUAUCUCCUCGCAGGCACCAUCUACUACACGUACAUGGGCUUUGAGGAGCUGGAGCGCACGACUCCGGCAGUGGCCCUCUACUUCUGUGUGGAAACUGCCCUGGCUGUUGGCUUCGGAGUCCUGACACCGCGAGGCGAUAGCUCGCCUUUCUUCACCUCGGCAUUUGUCAUCAGCGGUGCCGCGAUCUUAGUUAACUUCCUCUCCGGGGUCUUCGCCGACGUGCUCGAAGAGGCCGAGGAGAAGAGGAGGAUGCGCGGAAGCGAGGCAGGAGUCCUCAUUGGAACUGCUGCGCCUUUGGUUCUCUGGUGGCUGGUGGGUCUUGUCUACGGGCGUGUCCACGAGGGAUGGGACUGGGGCAAGGCGACCCUCUUCGCCAUCAGUGCCAGCUCCUCCGUGGGUAUCCAGGGCCUGGACUCAAAGGACGAUAUAUCCCUUCUGAUGUGCGCGGGCUAUCUUCUGGUAGGAGUUCCGCUGUAUGCGUCUGUCAUCGCGCGCCUAUCCAUUUUGGUGGCGGACGACAUCCUCCAGCGUCGGCAGCAGGAGAUAAAGAAGCGGGCCAUCAUGGCGCUGGAUGGUUGCGAUGAGGAGUGCAGGCUCGAUGUCUUCUCCAUGUACGACCUGGACCAAGACGGCUUCAUUACCAAGGACGACAUCCCGGAGUUGCUCAAGUUCCUCUCGGCCUCCCGUGGUCUGGACAUCAGCCAGUCUGACAUCGACUUCCUCUUGGAAGAGUUCGACAAAGACGGUACGGGCCAGAUCAACCAGCAGGAAUUCCUUGGCGGCUUGAACCAGUGGCAGAACGCCGUCAAAGAGCGCGGCUGCCACGGCCCCGGCCCCCGCUUGGAGAUCGACCUCGGGAACUUCACGGUUAUCCUGGACCCUUCAGACAUCGCUCGCCUGGAGUUCAUCGAGGGUCAAGCCGAGACUGACGAGACGCAAGCCGCGCUUCCGGAAGGGUCAGAGGUGGGCAACACCAGCAGUGACAACAUGCUGCUGUCUGCAGGUGCUUCGCAGUCUUCGGCAGAGCCCGAUGCCGAAGCCCCCAGCUGCGUGCCCAUGCUCAUGCACAUCGACCUGCCGGAGCCGCUUCACCCGAAGACGCUGAUCCUCGGCGAGCCGGUGCUCCAGAGGUACUACACCGUCUUCGACGCCCGGGCCCCCAAGGUCGGCUUCGCCGCCGCGCGCCAUGCGCUCGAGGCGGAGGUGCCGUAG